GAGCUUUCUGCAUUCAUGUCCCCAAAGCUGCCUGCAGCCCUAGAGCCCGCCCAGCAGGCGUCUCAGUACGAGGGGGACGCUGGCGCCGUCUCCUGGCAACAGCAGACGCGGAACCUAGGGGCAUCCAGCCGGCUGCUAGCUCUCAGUCCGUCCUGGGUCGCACUCGCCAUGACCACCAAACAAAGCAAAAGGAAAGAGGUGCAUAGGAUCAACUCCGGCCACGGAUCGGGAUCCGAUAAAUCUAAAGACCUGUACCCCUUUGGUAGUAGUGUACAGUCUGGUUCUACUGAACAAAAGAAGGGGAAGUUUCCCAUUUGGCCAGAGUGGAAUGAAGCUGACAUCAACGCAGAAAAGUGGGACACAGGCAAAGGUGGAAAAGAAAAGGACAAAACAGGAAAAAGCCCAAUAUUUCAUUUUUUUGAAGACCCUGAGGGAAAAAUUGAAUUGCCAGCGUCAUUGAAAAUUUAUUCCUGGAAACGUCCACAGGAUUUAAUUAUUAAUCGGACUCCAGUUGUUGUAAAAAAUGAAGUCAUGUUUGACUUGUUUUCAGCAAAUGAACACUUACUCUGCAGUGAGCUGAUGAGAUGGAUUAUCAGUGAGAUCUAUGCAGUGUGGAAGAUUUUCAAUGGAGGGAUUUUGAACAAUUAUUUAAAAGGGAACACAGGAGAACCUCCUCUUCUCCUCUGGAAGCCCUGGGAACACAUAUACUCUCUGUGCAAGGCUGUGAAGGGCCAUAUUCCCUUGUUUAAUAGCUAUGGAAAGUAUGUUGUGAAACUUCACUGGAUGGGUUGCUGGAGGAAGAUAACUAUCGAUGAUUUUCUGCCUUUUGACGAAGACAACAAUCUAUUGCUUCCAGCUACAACCUAUGAAUUUGAACUCUGGCCAAUGCUUUUGUCUAAAGCUCUUAUUAAGCUUGCAAAUGUUGAUAUCCAUGUAGCUGAGAGAAGAGAACUGGGAGAAUUCACAGUUUUUCAUGCGCUCACAGGGUGGUUGCCAGAAGUCAUUUCUGUUCACCCAAAAUAUACAGACAAAGUUUGGGAGCUCUUGAAAGAAAUAUUGCCCGAGUAUAAGAUGACAGAUGAGCCCACCUCGGAAAGCAAGAUAGCGGUGAUAGAUACCAAACUGAAAGAACCCGGGAAGGAGGGGAAGGAUGGAAAAGAACUGAAAGAUGGGAAGGAACUGAAAGAAUCAAAGGAAUUCAAACCCGAAGCUUCCACAACAACACUAAAACUCCCUGAUAAAAGUGACAAACUUCCAAAGGAUGCAAAAGAAAUUGGGAAGAAGAGGAGUAAAGAUGGAGAAAAAGAAAGGGAGAAGGAAAAAUUCAAAUUUUCAAUUCAUGGGUCAAGACCCUCAUCAGAUGUACAGUACUCUAUGCAGUCCUUAUCAGAAUGUUCUUCAUCAACACUGUCCCCUCAUAUGGUCGUCUAUGCUACCUUUACACCUCUCUAUUUGUUUGAAAACAAGAUCUUUUCAUUACAGAAGAUGGCAGAUUCUGCUGAGAAACUUAGAGAAUAUGGACUGUCUCAUAUCUAUAGCCAUCCCGUGCUGGUAACAAGAAGUAGGUCUUGUCCUCUCAUUCCACCACCAAAAGCACCUCCCAUCUCUCCCUGGAAGCUUAUUCGUCAGAAAAAGGAAGCUGUCAUAACAGAUGAAGCUCGAGAUAUUGUAAUAAAAAAGCCUGACCAGUUUCUUGAGAUUUCAAGUCCAUUUUUGAAUUACAGAAUGACUCCAAUUACCAUUCCAACAGAAACAUAUUGCGUACCAUCUCUCAUUAAGAAAGGAGUGCCUCUGGGAUCUAGUUUACCUUCUGUCACUGAAAGCGAUGAAGCUGCAACCACAAGCCAGCAGGACUUGAGUCAAAUAACAGGAGCUAUGUCUCAGGGUACUUUUCCAUCACUGGUUAUAUUAGGAAAAGAUGAGCAAACAGACCCUGGAUUGAGUGAUACUCAUCAAACUAAUGGAUUGAGCUUGGAAAAAGAUUUGGUCAGCCAGACAACAGCAACACAGGAAAAAUCACUAGAAGAACUCAUAACAAUAAAUACUUGUGUUUCCAAAGAAAUAUGGUUAGAUUUUGAAGAUUUCUGUGAAUGCUUUCAGAAUAUAUAUAUUUUUCACAAGCCAAGUUCAUACUGCCUUAACUUUCAAAAGUCAGAAUUUAAGUUUUCAGAAGAACGUGUCUCCUACUAUCUGUAUGUGGACAGUCUUAAACCUAUUGAACUACUUGUUUGCUUUUCAGCAUUGGUACGCUGUGGGGAAUCUGGAGCCCUAACAAAACACAGUCCUCCUAUCGAGCCUGGACUUCUAAUAGGUGAAACAUUUUCCUGGAAAUCUUUGAAGCCACGCACACUUGUACUGAAGAUCCACACAUAUGCCACCAAGGCUGCAAUGAUCCGUCUGCCUAUUGGGAGACACAUGCUACUGUUCACUGCAUAUUCCCCAGUGGGCCAUUCCAUACACAUCUGCAGCAUGGUGACCUUUGUUGUUGGGGAUGAAGAUGUUGUGAUGCCCAACUUUGAGCCGGAGAGCUACCGCUUUACUGAACAGGCUCUAACAAUUCUGAAAGCUGUGGGAAAUGUGAUCUCUAGUUUCAAAGACAAGACUAAACUUCCUGUAGCCUUGAAAGAGCUGCAAGCUGCUCACUACCCCAUUCCCCUCCACAAUAAAGAGCUCACCGCACAGCACUUCAGGGUAUUUCAUAUUUCCUUAUGGCAGUUAAUGAAAAAGGCUCAAUUAACAAAACCUCCUGCAAACUUCAAAUUUGCAUUCCGUGCUAUGGUUUUGGACGUGGAGUUACUUGAUUCCUCCUUGGAAGAGGUUUCUUUAGCGGAAUGGAUGGAUGUGAAAUAUUCUAUGCCAACCAAUGAGAGAGAGUAUUCUCCUGAGGAAGUAUCAGCUGCAAUUAAAAUCCAAGCCAUGUGGAGAGGGUCUUACCUUAGAUCACUUCUGAAAGCCAGAACACCAGACACAAGGGAAAAUACCAUUGUUGCAGAUACUCUUCAAAGAGUUUGGGCUAUACUGGAACUGAAUCUAGAGCAAUAUGCACUUUCUCUCUUAAGACUAAUGUUUAAAAGCAAAUGCAAGUCAAUUGAAUCUUAUCCAUGCUUUCAAGAUGAAGAAACUAAGAUUGCUUUUGCUGACUAUACUGUGACUUAUCCAGAUCAGCCACCAAAUACUUGGUUUUUGGUAUUCAGAGAAACAUUUUUGGUUCCUCAAGAUAUGAUUUUGCUUCCCAAAAUAUAUGCUACACUCCCAGUCUGUAUGCUGCACGUUGUGAAUAAUGACACUCUGGAACAAGUGCCCAAGGUGUUCCAAAAAGUAGUGCCUUAUCUUUAUACCAAGAAUAAGAAAGGAUAUACGUUUGUGGCUGAAGCGUUCACUGGUGACAACUACAUAUCUGCAUCACGAUUUAAACUGCGCCUCAUUGGUCCUUAUACUCCACUCCCAUGCCUUUCUCGAGACACUCCAUGCAACACCUUUGCCAUAAAGGAAAUCAGAGAUUACUACAUUCCCAAUGACAAGAAAAUUUUAUUCAGAUAUUCUGUUAAAGUUGCAUUACUUCAUCCUGUUACAAUACACGUGCGCAUAUCCAAGCCAGAUGCAUUCAUCAAGCUUCAGGUUCUAGAAAAUGAAGAAACUAUGGUGAGCGUUGUUGGCAAAGGUCAAGCUAUAAUCCCAGCAUUUAACUUCUUGGGGAGUGAAAAAGCUUUGAGUUCCCAAUCAAGCAAGCAAGUCCUUUUACUUCAUACAUCACCCAAGAAAGAUCCAGAUGCAGCAGCUAAGAAGAAGUCUACCCAAGGAAGUCAGAAAUUCAAUAAGGGUAAACUUGGAAGUACAGUUGUAGACACUGGUCUGCCUCUUUUGGAAGAGGAAGUUAUCAAUUUGCCCACGAGGGAAGAAAACUGUAGCACACCACAGCAGAGUUACAAGUACAUUAUCCAGUGUUUGGUGUUGUAUAACAGUUGGCCUCUCACUGAAAGUCAACUGACAUUUGUUCAAGCACUAAAAGACUUAGAGAAAAAUGAUAUCAAAGCUCAUGCAGAGAAACAUGAAGAAUUAAUUACGAUGGGAAGCCCGGAUUCCCAUGCCAGCAGUGACAGUCAGAAAUCUUCAGGAACAUCUAAAACAACAAGGAAGGGCAAAGAAAAGUCUUCCGAGAAAGACAAGACAGGCAAGGAGAAACCAGCACCUCGCUUUGACCCUCAGAUAUCUACUGUUCACUCUCAACAAGAAGACCCAAAUAAACCCUACUGGAUUUUGAGGUUGGUCACUGAACACAAUGAAUUUGAUUAUUUUGAAGUGAAAAAAGAUACAGAACGAGCAGAUGAAAUCCGAGCCAUGAAGCAAGCCUGGGAAUCAACUGAGCCAGGAAGAGCAAUCAAGGCUGCUCAGGCUCGUUUGCACUACCUCAACCAGUUCUUUAAGAAAACACCUUAUUCUGAGAGAGGGCCUACGACUGAGAGCCAAACUAAAGCUGCAGACGAAGGAGAAGGAAGUUUGCUGUGGAAGAAGUGGCAGAUGAGCAAGGGCUUGAAGGAUCUCACAAAAUCCAUAAACAACGAGAGUGCAGGAACAUCCUCAACCCCAUCUGGGAAGGAAGAGCGCGAACAGAUCAGGAAGAAGGAGAAUGUCAGACCUAGCUCACGAUCUCCAGCAGUUCUGGAAAUGUCUCCUCAGCAUAUUCGAAAAGCACUAGAAUUUGUAGACAUAAAUCAAUAUGUACGGAAGACAAAUGAAGAGCCUGUGCUGCAAACAGAAGAACUGAAUCAGCAACAGGCCAUGCAAAAGGCAGAAGAAAUUCACCAGUUUCGACAGCAUAGGAGAAGAAUCCUUAGCAUUAGAGAUAUUGGCCAAGAAGAACGGUUCAAGCUGAAAGAUGAAAUUCUGGAUAUGUAUGGGGAAAUGCGGGACUCCUUGGAUGAAGCUCGACAGAAGGUCUUGAAUAUCCGGGAAGAAUACAGAAACAAAUUGGUGGAAGCUGAACGCCUAAGAUUGGAGGCUCUGGCUGCUCAGGAAGCCACGAUGAAGGCAGAGACAGAAAAGAGGGUUCCAGCUGCUGACACACAGAAAAAAAAGAAAGGGAAGAAAAAGUAACAUGGAGGUGCCCAAGACUACCCUUCUUCUGCAGGGGAAAAAACUAUUGUAAUGAUCAUAACUUUGUUGAUGACAUCUUAGUACAAAGGAAAAUAAAAGUUUGGCUAUCUUAGAAA